AAAAAAAAUGUUGGGAUCAGGAUUUGACUUGCGAAUUUUGUGGAUGCCAUUAUAAAAUGCAAACUUUUCGGUGGUGUCGUUAAAACAUUUAUUCUGUCUUGUCUUGUCUUCAGUUCCGAACUGAAAAAACAAAAACAAAGGUCCUCUUGCCUUUCUCUCUUUCACUCAACAACAAGAACAAAAACAUUGUUAUAGAUUUUAUUUGCCUUUUCUGUCAGAAUCCGGUCCCAUUCCUCCACCAACGGACCGGCCCGAUUUGGUCGAACCCACAGUCAUGAAUCCUGAAUAUGACUAUUUGUUCAAGCUUUUGCUGAUUGGAGACUCCGGUGUUGGCAAAUCAUGUCUUCUCCUGAGAUUUGCUGAUGAUUCGUAUCUGGACAGUCAUAUAAGCACAAUUGGCGUGGACUUUAAAAUACGCACAGUGGAGCAAGAUGGAAAGACUAUAAAACUUCAAAUUUGGGAUACUGCAGGGCAAGAACGGUUCAGGACAAUCACUAGCAGCUACUACCGUGGGGCACAUGGCAUUAUAAUGGUUUAUGAUGUAACUGACCAAGAGAGCUUCAACAAUGUUAAACAAUGGUUGAAUGAAAUUGAUCGUUAUGCGAGUGAGAAUGUGAACAAGCUUCUGGUUGGAAACAAGUGUGACCUUACUACUAAAAAGGUUGUUUCUUACGAAACAGCCAAGGCAUUUGCAGAUGAAAUUGGUAUUCCAUUUAUGGAGACUAGUGCAAAAAAUGCUACUAAUGUUGAACAGGCUUUCAUGGCAAUGGCAGCUGAUAUUAAGAACUGGAUGGCAAGUCAGCCAGCAUCCAAUAAUGCAAGACCACCGAUGGUGCAGAUACGAGGACAACCUGUUAACCAGAAGAGUGGUUGCUGCUCUUCUUAACUGAUUUUAGCUAUUGCCUGCAAAUUAAGUUAAUUGUGCAUGUUAGAAUAGCUUUCUUAAUUGUGCGCUCAAGAAAGGAAAACUACGCUACCAUGUAGAAUUAUAUAUUUAUUUGCCUUUUCAGUUGUUUGUAAGCUGUUAUGAGAUUUACUUCUUUUACAGAUUAUUAUUAAUGGCCUGUACAAAUUGUGUUGCUUGAU